AUGGAUCGAUCACCAAAACAUGAAUAUUAUUCAACAAAAUUUCAAAUUCAAGAUGAAACAAUAAAUUCAACUAUUGAUUCACUACCAUUACUUGUUGAUAUUAAUGAUAAUUAUAAAACCAUUCGUGAAUUAGGAUCGGGUACAUACGGUCGUGUAUUACUUGCCUAUAAUCGUGAUCAACAACAACGAUUCGCACUUAAAGUUUUACCAAAAAUUACAACGAAAUUUCGUGAUUUUCAACGUGAAUAUAAUUAUUCUAUGCUAUUAACACCACAUCGUAGUAUAAUAUCAACAUUUGAAACAUGUUAUCAAACACAUGAUUCAUUUAUUCUUGUACAAGAAUAUGCACCACUGGGUGAUCUAUUCGAAUCAAUACCACCACAAAAAGGUUUACCGGAAAAACAUGCCAAAAUAAUUAUGAAACAAAUUGCAUCAGCAUUAGAAUUCAUGCACGAUAAAUCUUUGAUUCAUCGUGAUGUUAAACCAGAAAAUGUGAUGAUAUUUGAUGCUGAUUUUCAUAAAGUAAAAUUAAUUGAUUUUGGUAUGACACGUAAAUGUGGUUCAUAUGUAAGACGUCUCAUUGGUUCAAUUCCCUAUUCACCACCAGAAGUUUGUGAUGCAACAACAAAUGAUAUUCUCGUUACAUCAGCAAUGGAUAUUUGGGCAUUUGGUGUUUUAUUAUUUUGUACAUUAACCGGAAAUUUUCCAUGGGAACAUGCUCAAGAAUCCGAUACUUAUUAUAAUGAAUUUUUAAUGUGGCAAAAACGUAAACGACGAAAAUUACCAUCACAAUGGUUUCGAUUCAAUCCAAGAUUGAUGAGAUUAUUUAAAAAAAUGUUAGAUCCUUUACCUGAAAAUCGUUGUGAAAUUCAUGAAAUAUGUAAAUAUUAUGAUGAUAGAUGGAUAAAUGAAAAUGUUCGUCGACGUCCUUCGAAUGAAGAUGAAGGUGUCGAAGAAGAUUAUUCAAGUGGUGAUUCAACAAAUGGCACAGAUUUAGAAGAAUUAACAAAAAUGUUAAAAGAUUAUGGUUUUGAUCAUCAGAGUGAAAAUCAACUAAUACAUCAUCCGUCUAUUGACAUUCCAAAUGCAAAUAAUCAGAUUACAUCAGAUAAUUUACAAUUUGUUAAUAAACACGAGAACGGUAGUGAUCUCCUCAGUCACCAUAAUCAUUAUAAAUAUCCACCAUCAUCAUCCACUACAAUAUUCUAUAAUACAACAUCUACGACAAAGUCAUUAUUUUCUAAUUAA